AUGCUGUCCUACGAACCGCAGGGCAAGUUGACCAAUCGCAGCUCCGCCUGCGGUCUACCCUGGACACCUCUGCUCCCUGACUCGCAAGCCAGGAGCUGCCCAGGAACUGGGGCUCCGGUCUGGAGAGCGGGAGGCCUUGCCCCAUCACUCUUGCUGACCCCGCCUCGACCGCUGCGCGUCUCCCCUUCCCAGGCUCUGACGGCUCCCGGUGAUCGUGUACCCAGAGCUGUGUCUCGGCGAGUCCCAGCCUACUCCGCCUCGCACUCUGAGCGUCCCGGACCGAGCUCAGCUCGCGUCCUCCGGCUGCUGGAACGACUCCGCUCAAGCCCCCGCAGGGCCGCACGCGUGCACUCCUCCCGGCUCCCUCCGGCCACCGACACACUGCCCGUCCACGGCCCCUCUGUUCUCACCCACGCUCAGGCCUUCCUAACCCUACUGCACCAGCCUCCAGUCUCACCUUCGCAUCCCGCCUCCUCCUCUGUCAGACCCCGGACACUGACAGCCUCAGUCCCGCGCACUGUGUCCCCGGAGGGGCUGGCGUGCACCCGUGAGAACCUCCUUACCCCAAGAGGACCCCAGAGACCCCUUCUGGCCCGCUGUAGGGGCCAGGAGACCGAUCUCCGAGUCAAGCUUUGUUUUGGAAAGGAGGCAGCUGAGAGGGUGGCUUUCAGGAGAGAGCUUGCAAGGGAGAAGGGAGGCGUCUUAGGGACGGAGAAGCCUGAGCAGGGCCGGGCUCAAGGACGGCAGGAGAGGUGUGUGGGAGCCGCAAGGAGUGGGAGGAGACAGGGGCUUCGGGCGGUGGGCCAGACCUGGGCGCGAGGAGCUCAAGUUUUCCAUGCGCGGAGUGAGGUGCCCCAGGGCUGUAGGAGCCGUCUGGGACAGGGCAGCACCCCCGGGGCGCGGGGCGGGGGCGGCUUCUCGCCCCGCGGGGAGCGGAGCCCAGCGCCGCGAGCGAGCCACACUGUCCGAACGGGUGUUUCCAGCCGGCCUCGCGCAUCUUCCGGGCGAGUUUCGUCUGCUCUUCGCUGGGCACCGGGCCGGGCAUGGGCGCCCCAGGGAAGUGACGAGGCCCCGCUCCCGGGCUGCCCGGCCUCGACGCUCGGCCAGGGCGCGCGGCUGGAGGAGCACGGCCCCCGGGUACAGGUGCGCC